AUGGUUGAAAAACUUGGUCUUGUGACUCAGAAACAUCCCAAGCCAUAUCAGUUACAAUGGAUCAAUGAGACUGGAGAUAUGAGCGUGAAGGAACAGGUGCUUGUGCCACUAUCCAUUGGAAGCUAUGAAGAUGAGAUUUUGUGUGAUGUCCUGCCUAUGGAUGCUGGACACAUCAUCUUGGGAAGGCCUUGGCAAUCUGAUAGGCGAGUGAUGCAUGAUGGUUUCACAAACAAGUAUACUUUCCUGCACAAGGGGCGCAAGACCACUCUUAUUCCCUUAACCCCUCAAGAGGUGUAUGAAGAUCAAGUCCAGCUGUGCAGUCAGAGAACCAAACCUCAAGCCAAGAAGGAGCCACCCAAUCCAAUCAAAUCCUUGAACUAUCUGGUCAAGUCCAAACAGGUUAAAAGUUCUAUGUCUUCUGAUAAGCCUUUUCUCUUAUUUAUCUUUAAAGGAUCACUUAACCUUCUUGUUGAUAAUGCACCGGAGAUUCCGAGUGAGAUGUCUAAGCUUUUACAGGAUUUCAAGAUGUGUUUCCAGAUGAUUGCCCAAAAGGAUUGCCACCAGUCAGAGGCAUUGAGCAUCAAAUAG